ACUUGUUCGCUGGGUCAACGCUAGGUCAAUCUUGGUCUUGAUCUCCCACAGAUUAGCCCGGCUGGACGUACACCUACUCAGUCCUCCCUGCAUUCUAGGACUAUCGGAAACGCCACUGGAAUGGGUGGUCACCUGGCAAUUCGCCCAGCGACCAAAUACGCAGACCCUACGUUGACAGGUGUACAUAUACGUGAGUAGCAGCACGCUCGAAUACAUCAACAUACAAGGCUCCUCGGGCGCAUUCCACCUCCUUCACGACUGCAGACUAACCUGCAGUCUGUCUUGAACACAGGAAAUCGCAGUCAAGGCAGGGUUGUCGACGAAAUGGCAGACAGGAGCGACACAUUCGUCUCCUUCGAUCCUGAGGAAAUGCCGCUGGACGAAAAGCUAUAUCAUUCGCAUGUACGCGAACACGACAGUGCGUUCUUGAAGAAGCACACCGGGAUCCAGGACGACGAGGAGCUCAGAAGACAUGCCAUGCAGAUCCAAGCGGAUGCGUACCGGGUAUAUCCAUACCCAUGCAUCCGCUAUUUCUGGUUUAUACACACGGACAUCACCCUACAGCCCGCCUAUGCACAGCUGCUGAAGUUAGGACAGAAGAGGCCAGGCGCAAUAUUCCUCGAGAUUCCCUGUGCAUUCGGCAACGAUAUCAGGAAAGUCAUAGAUGGUGGCUUCCCGCAAGAGAACUGUGUCACCGCAGACCUAGAACCAUCGUACUGGGCGCUCGGUCACCGUCUCUUCAAGAGCACUCCAGAGUCGUUCCCCGUGCCGUUCGUCCCUGGCGACAUCUUCGAUGCCAACUACCUCGCGAGCGCACCGCCAUUCUACGCGCCGCUCUCCACGCCAGCACCCGCGCUCCCGAGCCUGAUCACCCUCACCCCGCUACAAGGCCGCGUAUCAGCGAUUAACGCAGCGAUGUUCUUCCACCUUUUUGACGAGGCAAAGCAGCUCGCGCUCGCACAGCGCCUCGCAAGUCUGCUCUCGCCUCUCCCCGGCACGCUGAUCCUUGGCCUCCAUUACAGCGCGGACGUCAAGGGCGUGCGGGAUUCGCAACCUGGCGGGGAUGACACCCCGGAUGUGAUUCGGGUGUUCUGCCACUCACCGAAGUCGUGGGCCGCGCUGUGGGAUGGCGGGGUGUUCACAAAGGGCACGGUAAAGGCCGAGGCGGAGCUCCGAGACGUCCCUAUCUAUGCGACGGCGCCACCGCAGGGAAAGCUGUGGCUGAUGGUCUGGUCGGUGACGAGGCUGUAAGCCCACAAUUACAGCUGUUUCCAAAACAAUAGGCCCCACAUCAAAAAACCGCACUCAGGCGGAGUGUGUCGGUUCCCCAGUUCCCAUCAAGAUUGGCCCAUAACCGGCACGUCGAGGGCGAGCCAGACUACGGCGGGUGGCUGAGGUCGACCGGCAGAAGUUUGUCUCUGCGGCGAGCGGU